AUGCACGAGUCACUACGCCGGUGGCCUGUCGUCCCGUUCAAUGAUCGAUCCACCGUUCAAGAGACUACUAUUCUUGGCCAUGUGAUUCCAAAGGAUACUACUGUCGUAUUCUUGCAGGCUGGACCCAGUUUCAUUGAUAAGGGGUAUCAGAUUAAUGAAUCAAAGCGGACUGAAACGUGGAGGAAAGACAAGGGGGCAGGAAUAAAUGUAGGAAAGACGGAUGACUUGGAUGAAUUCAAGCCUGAGCGCUGGUUGAAGGAAAUGGACGGUAGCAAAGAGCUUGUCUUUGACGCUCAAGCAUGGCCAAUGGCUACCUUUGGCAUGGGUCCUCGCGGCUGCUUUGGAAGAAGAUUAGCCAUGAUUGAGUUUCGCUUCUUGUUGACGUUGCUUGUAUGGAACUUUGAAUAUCUCCCGCUCCCUGAAGAAUUGGCUAGCUGGGAAGGCACACUGUCGGUAACAUACUCGCCGACGAAGUGCUAUAUCAGGGCUCGCAAAGUUAUUCCAAGCGUCUUUAACUUCAACUGAUGAGCUGGAAACCUGCUAUGGGAGGAUGGUGGCUGCCUUGUCAAGCGCUGGCGCUGGUCGACAGGGUCGGUGCAGGCAGUCCCAUAGAAUUACUACAUCAUACAAUAUAUAACGUUCUACAUCAUGUAUGAUUGAUUAAUCUAUUUUUGUUUUGAUUAUUUACAGAAAUAGUCUCGCACUAGCGGCAGGUAGUCACUAUGGUCUAACCAUACCUUCGCUGAAGGUUGCUUAAUUCGUCCCGAACGCGUGC